ACAUUCAUUUCAAUGGUGCAACGGUCAAUAAUUUAAAAAUUAAAGAAAAGGAAAAAUAAUAAAACUGAAUGGAGAUUGCGCAUUCACUUGUUGUCUAGUUUCAACUCCCUACCUUCUUACUUAUUCAAUAAAAUUUCCGGUAAGGUCCUAGGAUUGGUAACACUGGCGUGGCUUCACAAGACUUUUAAAUUUUUAUCCAAUGGAAUUGACUCCGAGUUUCUUGGUGAGUUGAAGUUUUAUUGACACUUUUAAAUUAACUAAUAUUAAAUUAUAGUUGAUUAUGGACAGUCCUAAUAAAGGGGAUAUUCAUAAUAAAGGAAAACACAAUUUAGAUUGAAAAAGGUUAUGGAAAUGAAGGUGACAAAGUGAUGACUGAUUACUUUAUAAUAUCCUGGUUUUUCUGGUAGAAGACUAUGGCAUAUUGGCGGGUCAAUCAUUAUUUUUGCAAGUGAUUAAAGCAUGGCUGACUCUAAUUUCUUCGCCGAUCUAACUAUUUUUCAUAUCGAUCUAACUAGCAUAAUCAACUAUUAUUAAAUAUUAAUGAAUUUAAGAGUGUCAAUAAAACUUCAACUCACCAAGAAACUCGGAGUCAAUUCCAUUGGAUAAAAAUUUAAAAGUCUUGUGAAGCCACGCCAGUGUUACCAAUCCUAGGACCUUACCAAAUUUCCAAUUAGUUUAGUUUGAAUUUAAAUUAUUAUCUUAUGUAUUGUUGGUGUCUUUCAGACAGGAUAGAGUAACUGACUCUUUGGAGCUUACCUGUUAACUUUAAUUUCAAGUUGUUAGAUACUUCAAACUAUUCAUAUUAUAAGUUUUUUGUUUUUGAAUCUCUAUUUGUGCUCAACUAUGGAUACAUUGGAAGCUGAAGACCAACUGACAAUUGUGAAUAGAUCAGUGGAAUAUCGUAUUAGUAAAAAGUUACUUCGUAAAAUACCUUAUUUUCAAAUGAUGUUGAGCCAUGAUUUGCAGGAAUCAAGAGAAAGCAAAGUUGAACUGGAUUUUGAUGAAAAGGCUAUAAAAUCGAUGUUUGAUGGAAUAGAAAUCGGUUGCAGUUUCAUUGAAAUGGAUAAUGCAAUAGCGCUGUACGACAUUCUCGAUUAUUUUGGACUCGCUGAUUCUUUUUUAGCUGCUUGUAAAGAUCACUUUCCUGAUAAUUUUACAAUUGAACAUCUUCCCGUUGUUAUACCUCAAGUGACAUCAACAACUAAAUUGAUCAAUUCAAGAUCUCUCAAUGGUUUCAUCUGUCGCUAUUUUACGAAGAUAGCAAACGCAAAUGUAUGGUUAAAUUAUCCUCUUGAAACAAUCGAGUACAUUUGCAAGCUUGACUUAAUGGUUGAUUCAGAAAUGCAAGUCUUUGAAGCAAUCAUGAGAUGGGUCACGUUCGAGUGUGAUUCUAGAAAGAAAUGUGUCGAAGUAUUGUUAAAGUUGGUCAGAUGGUGCCAUUUAAAGGAUGAAGAUCUAUCUAAAUCAAUGGAAAAUGAAUUGGUUAAAUCUUUGGAAUUUAAUCCAAAGUUUUGUUCAAAUGACAAAGGCAAUUGUGAUUGUAAUACAAAUCGGACUGAACAAGAAUAUUUUGUUAUGAUUGAAGAAUGGCAUAAAUCUAAUGAUAUUCGUAUCAUAGUACUUGCGAAUGAUUUACAACCGUUGUUUAAUCGAAUACUCAAAUUGGAUCAAUCGCUGCCAGAACACAUUAUGCAUGAUGAACAUAUUUCUGAUAUAAUAUUUUUGGUACAAUAUUCGCUGUAUGAUUCUGAACAGAAAAUUAUUCGAAUUGAUUGGAAGCAUAAUAAAUAUCGCUGGCUUUAUUUCUCGCCCUAUUCUUAUAAACUUGUUAAAUGUAUUUCAACAGAUUCGACUAAUGGAGAAAACUUCAAGGUGAACGUGCGAUUCAAUCAAAGCUAUAGAUAUAGACAUGCACUUCUAGAAGCUAAAGACAAGUUUAUUUUGAUCAACAAAGACGAAGAUUAUUUCUAUUAUCGGUCCAAACCAACUGCUGAACAAGUUAGUGUUUUUGAUCUUAUGUCAUAUUUUUACGCUAUUCACAAAGAAACUGUUUUGGAUAACAAAAUUUACAUGUUAACAGAUUCUAAAUUUAUCGAACUUGACAUUGAGGAAAUUGAUCGCAAGCGCAAGUUUAAGAUGAUUGAGCUUCCGACAUUCAAGAAGUAUUGGAACUUGAAAAAAUUACAUUUAAUUUCAAAGCAAGCUAAUGAUGAUCGUGUCAUUUUGUUUGAUGGAUCUGAAAAAAAUUUCUAUUGUUUCAAUGUCAACACUCGACAAUGGAGCUCAAUUGGACAAAUAAUAAACUACAACUUUCUUGGUGAGCGGAAGAAAACAAAGCUGAUAAGUUUAACCUCAGCUUUCAUAUCAGUCGACUUCAUCGAAUUUGCUUGAAUGUAAAUAAAACUCGAUAAUUUAGUUCUUUUGGGAAUCAUUCAAGAAUCUUUUAAUCAUUCUGAAACUAGAAACAUUCAUUUCACUCAAUCCUGUUGUCUUUUGAACUUACAUGAUGAAGAUUCAACAAGUAAACAAUGCUAUAGCGAAGGUCCAUUUCUACCAAAAUUUAUUCAAUUUAUCUCUAAGAUCUAUUGAAAAUUGAGAAAAACUAUUCCCAACGUUAGCUUUCUCCUGAGUAUGGUUAACCCUUCAUCAUUAACUAUCCAUCUUCUGUUCACAUUCCUUAACUUACUAAUAACAUUUGUUAAUUACAUUUGAAUACUUAAGAAAAGGAAAUCAAAUUAAAAGAUUCUUCUAGGAUAACUACAUCAGAUGCACUAAUGUUCGU